AUGUCGGAAUUUCUGAAUAACGAGAAAAACGCAGAUGCAUUGGCAAAAGCUAGGGCGGCAAGGGUCAAUAGAGAGAAUAAUUCAUCAUCAGUCCAGCUGCCUAACCAAGGUGGAAAGUGGGUAGUCGCUGGAAUAUUGGUAUUAUUUUUAUCAGUUCUACUUGUUAGUUCCAAUGGAUUAGGUUACUUGAAAAUUGCGUUGCAAUCGACACAGGAUACGACUGUUUGUCCAAUUCAUGAACCAGUAGUUCCCCAGACGUAUUUAAAUGAUAAAUCAAAGUUGUAUAACAUUGUACACGAUGAAAAAUUCCGGUUGCAAUCGGCCAAAAAAUUAUCUGGCGCGGUGCAGGUUGACACUCAGAUCGGCGAUAAUCAACCAGACGUACCCGACGCACCAGAACAAUGGGUGCAAUUUCAGGCUUUCCAUGAUUACUUGGAGAAGACAUUCCCUACUGUGUAUAAGCGUCUUCAAGUUGAGAAGGUCAACACUUAUGGAUUAGUUUACACAUGGAAAGGAUCUAACGAUAACUUGAAGCCAUCUAUGUUCAUUGCACAUCAGGAUGUAGUUCCAGUACAAAAAGCAACCUUAAAAGAUUGGACACAUCCUCCAUUUGAAGGACAUUAUGAUGGUACAUAUGUAUACGGCAGAGGUGCACUGGAUUGUAAGAAUCUGUUAAUUGCUAUCUUAGAGACGCUUGAAUUGUUAAUUGCCGACAAUUUCAAGCCUCAAAGAAGUAUUAUUGUAGCAUUUGGAUUUGAUGAAGAGUCAAUCGGUAUUAGAGGAGCUGCGAAUAUCGCGAAACAUCUUGAAAAGAAAUACGGCCAUAAUUCUAUCUACUCACUUAUUGACGAAGGCCUUGGUUUAACUUUGGAUGCUGAAACCGGCCAAUACAUUGCUACACCAGCGAAUGGUGAAAAGGGUGAUCUUAACGUCCAUGUAUUCUUGAGUGCGCCAGGAGGACAUUCCUCUUACCCACCAGAUCACACUGCCAUUGGAAUUAUGGCUGAAUUGAGUUCGAAUUUAGAAAAUGACCCAUAUGAGCCAUUUUUGACAUCCAAGAAUCCUAUUUUACGCUAUUUACAAUGUUUAGCCGUUAACACUGGCGACAAAUUGCCAGAAUUAACAAGAAAGGCUAUCUUAAGGGCUGGAUUUGAUAAAGUCGCUAAUAGCAAGAUUUUAAAUCUUUUGCUUAAAAAUCCAAUGCUCAACUAUUUAGUUCGUACGACACAGUCUCUUGAUAUCGUUCAGGGUGGUGAAAAGGCGAACUCUUUGCCAGAGCAUGUUAAAUUAGUUAUCAACCACAGAGUUGCUAUCGAGACUCCAUUUGAAGAAGUCGAGAAGCAUUUCAGUGACCAGGUCGUUAAAGUUGCCAAGAAGUACAAUAUAAGUGUUGAAGCUUUUGGCGAACAAGUUUACAACGGUGAUCCAAACAACGGUCAAUUCACGGUCGUUGUUUAUCACAAAACACCAGCUGCACCAGUUGCUCCAUCUAAUGACACCGUUUGGAAAUAUCUUGCAGGCACUACAAGACAUGUUUUCGAAGACGUUGUCUUCACUAACUUGAGUUACCCAAUAAUGAUGACCCCGUUUAGUUUUACAGGCACUACUGAUUCUAAAUAUUACGCUAAUUUAACUAGGAAUAUUUACAGAUACACCCCAGGCUUCCCAGCAGAUUUUAAGGAAAACAGAGUUCACAGUGUGGAUGAAAAGGUACCCUUUGAUGCUCAUUUGCAUGCAUUGGCAUUCUAUUAUGAGUAUAUCCAAAAUAUUGAUACACCUGACGCAGACAACUAG